GACGGUCUUUACCCUUCCAAUAUGCGCUAUGCAAAGGCGUGCAACGUAGACGUAGCCGUAGCUCAAAAACCCGUUUCACUUACGACCUUAGUCGGUUUGUGGACUCAGUAAUUGUUAUUGGAUAUUCAGGUUUAGUCUGGUAACCGGUGAGAGUUCACGCGUGCUGAACGACAUAAGAUGGCGGCUGCUCGUAAUUUGCGUUAGUACUGCAAAACAAAAACAUGUAGGGGCCUACAGUACUUUACGUGUGAGUGUGCUUCUUUUGAAUACAGUAUCCGCAAGUUCUUUGAUGCAGCAAUACAAUUACAAGCCAGAUGAGCAAAGAAAGAUCUCAUGAUGUCAUCAUCCAAGCAGAAAAGACGGCCUGGAUUAGCCAGACAGGAUUUAAAGAGAAAAGAGCACAGUGUGAGAGUUACCAGCAAGAGUGCUCAUGGAGCAUCUUACAGGUCUAGACCACUGCAAGGCAAGUCAUUCUACCUGGAUGUCCGUAGACAAGUUGCUAGACUCAAGAAGGAUCUAGAGGAUCUGGGUGGAGUGGUAGAAACUUUUUUGAGUAAAGAUGUUAGCUAUGUUGUGUCCGAUCGGCCUGAAGUGGGACUGGAAUCUUCUAAGAAUGCAGUUUCAUUGCACUCUGGAGCGAGCCCUGCUGUGUCUACACCGAGUCCUUUCAAUCAAAGCAAAGACUCAGCAAGUGGAGCUACAGACUCUGGAGGAAGGGAAGGCAUGGUGACACGAGGAAAGGCUAUUGUUAAGAAAGCAACCAUAUCUCAGACAUAUGGAACCAGCAAUGUGUUGGCCAAUGCGCGCAACUGGGGUGUCACCAUUCACUUCAUUGACACUGUCCUGAAGUAUAUUCACAAGGAGAAACAAAAAAUAAAAGAUGCUGGGGUCACCUUACCACAGACACAGUCUCAAAUGGUGAAAGAUAAAGUGCACACGUCCAAAGAGAGGAAGUUAUCUAAACCAUCUCUGAAGGUCGAGGAUGCUUCAGGUCACUAUCGGCCAUCCACCAAAGAGAUGACAUCCUGGCCCAGGGUGACCUUUGAUGGGCAUGCUGGCAGCUGUCCAUUUGAUGAAGUAGUCCAUAAGGACAAAACAAACAAGGGAACCAUGAAUGCACAUGGACCGGGAACCCAAGCAAGAGCUGAUCAGACGAGGAGAGAGAAGGGUCGAGUGGGUACUCCCAGAUUUGAUAUCAGGAAGCACAUCCAGCCGGUUCAUACUCCAGGCAGACAGCAAGAUGUAGGUGUCAAGGACAACAGGAAGGGUUACUGUGAGUGCUGUCGCACCAAGUAUUUGGAUUUAGAAAAGCAUCUUGCUGGGGAGCAACACAGGAGUUUCGUUCAUGAGAACAAUCAUUAUGUAAACCUGGACACCAUGAUUGAUGAGGGACCUAACAUUGAGCAGUUUCUAAAUGAUGUUAUACAACAUCAUGAAUGGCAGAGAAUAGAAGGAAUUCGGAGUAUGGAAAUCAAUGAUGAGGUUAGGCUGAUUUCAUCACCGAGUGAUGCUGAUAAGACGGAACAGUGUCUAGCACAAGUGAGCAGACUCAGUGAACAAACAGGACGAACACAUGAUACGCUUCUAUUGACAUCAGUAGCAAAACCUUCAAGCUCUGGAAACACUCAGGGAAAGCCAGUGAGGGUUACCAUGUCUACUGCACAUCUUGAACUCACCCUCAGUAGAGAUCAGCCUGCCUCUUGUAUGGUGUCUCCACAGAAAAGGUUGCAAGCUCAUGUGGCUGUAAGUGGCACUGCUGAAAUUGAUGAUACAUGUCGUGAUAGGAUAACACCUAUUCCGGCUACCACAUUGCUUAAUAGGCAUAGUAGCCAAGAUAAUCAACAAAGUGACACUGGCUAUGACAUGGCAAACAGUGACCAAAGGUUAAGAAAGAAAUUACACGCAGGAAGCUCUAAGGAUUGUCAGAAUUCCCCCUUGACACGCUCCAGCAGACAGAGGGGACAAAGUCAGAUGACUUCAUCUUCACCACAUGGGAGAAAUCCACAGGUAACUUCACCAAAGCAAUGCAAGGUCAGUCAGUUAUCGUGUCAGUCUGUGGAUGAAACCUUAGACAGAGGAGAACCAGGCUUGUCAACUUCCCCAGAGCCUGCAAGAGCUGCAAGGAGGCAGUCUUCAAGGCUGUCACUGUCUGCAAGGAGGAGGCAGUCACAAAGGCGUGUAACUACUCCAGCUGAAGAGAGACCAGCUGAACGAGAAUCUCCAGUGGUGCCGGUUAAACACAGUAGAGUAGCAGGGAGUGUCGAAGAAUUACAGAACACACCUAAGGGUGCAGGAAAAAAAGAACGGUCUCUCCGUUUGUCACUUACUGCAAGGAAGCGACUUCUGAAGAGAAAAGCCUUGGAGCAUUUACCAGAAGCUCCUGAUAAACCCAGCAAGUCUUGUGAACAAACGGCCAUUAGUAUAAAACAUUCUCUUCCUAUUCAAAAUCAGAAAACCACUACAGGUUCUCAGGACAGACAAAACACUGGUACAGAGAAAGCUGAAAGAAGUCCAUUAACAAGCUCUCCUAAGACACAGCAACAGAGAGGAACCCAUCAUGAAAGCAGUUUUGCAUCAAGAUCCUUGAAAAGGAAGCAAAAAUCAAGUGAUGAAGACAAUGGGAAAAGCAAAAGGCUAAAACACCAAAAGGAAGAGAACUGCAAAGCCAUUGGAGCGAAAGUUCUUUUGGAGAAAAACCCUGCCUCUGGGAAGGGGCCUUUUGAGUUGAGGACUGAUCAGGAUCCUGUGAAAGGAGACAGACCACAGCCAUCUGCCCAAAUUAGUGGUGAUCCUUCAUUACAGCAUCCAAACUUAGAGUCCAUUUUUAACAGUGAUCCGAAUGUGGUAGAGUCAAGCUUCCUAGGUUUUGCAAGUGAUGAUAUUACUGAAACAGAACAACGUCUGCAGCAGCUGAGUGCUUCAUCAAUGUACUACACCAGUAAACUUCAGGAAGCAGCCCUCAAUGUUUGUUGUAUACCUUCCUCAGAGCUGAACUUACCAGAAGAUGAUGAUUCUGUCAAUGACUCAUCAGGCAGUGAAAUGCAGGAGGUUGUGGUUGGAAUGGCUCUUAGAAAUCUUGCAAACUUUCCAUCUGAUGGUUCGGAUUGGGAAGCUAAAGUAGGUGGAUUCAUGUCAGUCAGACUCGAUGAGGCUGUGCAGCUCAAGAAAAGAGAAUCAGUUUUGUCACAAGUGUGCCUGUCAGAAAAGGAGAAUAUAAAGGAGAACAGCUUCCAACAGAUAUUGCAGAGUGCUGGCAAACUUGUCUCGCUGGAUGGGGGAGAACAACCAGACAUGACAGAACAAUUGGAGCUGUCUCCAAAAUCAACACCAAUCAUGAUUAGAUCAGUAACUUCAAACGAUAAGUCCAGGCCAAAGGAUGCCGAGAACAGAGCAUUGUCAGCAGAUUCCAAAGUUCUCCGUCCGAGACGGGCACUAAACUAUGGUUCAAGUGAUGUUCAUGUAGGAAGGUCUAAGAGGCAGAAGGCAAGGUUGUUAAAUCAGACCAGCAGACCUCCGUCACCCAAUUCUGUUAGUGAUCACCUUAGAGCUGCUUCGUCAAAUUCAGGUUUACCACCUUCACCAAUGAGGUCUCAGAUGCUUGCGUGUAGCACUCCCAAAAGGUCAAAGAAGACUAAUCACAAGUACAAACUUGUGUUUUCACCCGAAACACCAAAGGAGGAAAGGGAACUGAUCCUGGAACAUUAUGUACACGAUGUCACUGAAGAAGAAAUUGAUUUCCCCAAAUUUUCAAGUCCUCGCCAGUCAAAUGUUGUAGUUUCUCCCAUUAAAAAAUUUGCCAAGACAACCCCCAGGAAGACUAAUUGUCUGUCUCCGUACAGAUUGAAGGCCCCACCAUUACUAACAGAUCUACCCCAAUGUGGAUCCCCAAGGAAAUCCCUCUUUCCCAGGAGGAGACAUUCUACAUCUUCUGUGCCAGGAAAAGUCUUCCAUUUUCUCUUGAAUCCACCGGGCUCCCCAAGGAAGAGGGAUCCCUCCCCUCCACUUCCUUCAUCACCUCUCAAACAAAGUUCAGCACACCCUAUUCACUCCCUUUCUAACCAGCCAGCAGAAUCACCACAUCAGAUCACCUACAUCCCAACCAAUGAGCUCAACAAAGUGUCCCCUGUCUUUUGCACUAGCUCAAAACCAAACUUCUCUUCACACAUCCUUCAUCCUGGGAGUAAAACAAGGCGCAGUGACAGGCUAAGACGGCCAAGUUUGGGUCAGUCUUCAGGUGGUCACACGUUGUCCCAUCGACCUGCCAAGACAUGGUCUCUUUGUGUAUCCUUUGAUAAUGAUAUUUGCUGCACUGAUGAUGUAUAUGAAUUUGAUGACAGUAAAGAUAGGAAAACACGGUCAAGUGGGGACAAGUCAAGCCGGACAGAGAAAGCUGACAGUCAUAAAAAGAAGCUUCAAGCCAAAUCUAAGUCAGACUGUUGUAAGACAGAUGCACAACCAUCAGAUCCUUCAGAGCCUGAAUUCAUAGAAAAAUUUGGCUUGCCGUAUUCAUUUUUUAGGUGAGAUGCUUGAAACCAUUCUGUACUGAUCAUUUCAAUGAAACAAAUUACGGGUCAAGUACAAUGUCAUGUGGAAAGAAGUGGUAAAAGAAUAUUUAACUUUACAAACUGUGCUUUUCAAUUCGUUUUUGGAUAGAGUUUUGGUUAUUUCUUUGUGAAGUGGUAUCUUUGACCUCUUGUAAAAGCCAAGGUAAAAGGAUUUUAUUAGAAAAAGAAGAUUCUGAAUGAUGAAUAACAGGUAUUUAUGAUUUGAGAUGAAGGAUUUAGAUCAUUUUAGAACCACUUUUGGUCUUAUCUAGCAGAAUGUGUUCUCUGAUUAAGUUGGCCUAUUAUGCCUGCAAUACAUUUUUCUGAGGCCUAUUUGCUUCACAUGGCUCUAGAUCUCAGUGAGUGAUCCUAAUGCUGGUUUUCGUUAUCCAUUGGAGGCACUGUGUCAGUAACCAGUGACGAGUUGCAGAGUGAGAUUUUGAUCCAUUUGAAACUAACAGGCCCCUUUCCUAGACCUGUGAAAUAAAAAAAAGAUUUGUUGGUGAAACAUCACAGAAGGAAAAGGAACCAUGUUGGUUUACACUCCUUCAGCGUGUUUGAUUGGCUCCCUCAUGCUUACCUGUUUAAGCAGGCAUGUGUAAUUACUUGGUUACUCAAGGUGCUUCUAGAGGUAGGUCUGUAGGUCUACAGGUCUUGCAGAGAUUCAAUUUGCAUCAUCAAUUUGAACUGUCAAAAGCAAUGGACAUCUAUACAUACAUAUCUGGCCUUUAUUUUACAUAACUUAGUUGACGAGCAACUUUGCCUUUACGUGCAAGAUUUAUCUGAAGUUUUUACAAUGGUAUCAACUUUCCCUUCACAUCAUUCAACUAAGCCGCCAUGCUUUUACAUUGUACUGUGGAAUACUUCCCAAGUAACCAGCUCAUUGGGUUGGUUACUUGGGCCAGCCUGAGGCUCAAAUAAGUGUGAGCUGGCACAUGAGUGUCAAACAAAAUGCAUCUCAUGCUUCUCUGAGUAAGCAUGGGGGAAGUAAUCCAGUGCACACUUUAAAAUAUUUAGUUCAUUUUCUUUUGAGUUUUGUCUGCAUGUACAUGACAAAAGAAAAUCAUUCUUGUUAAUAUUUUACACUAAUUCUGAAGAAACUUAUUCCAUGCUCCCAACACUGAACUUGCAAGAAAUGAUUCACAAAGUAGGUACUUAAACUUUGUUAAGGAUGGCAGUGUUGACAUUUUAAGAUUUUUGUCAAAUGACUUUCCACAAUCGAUUCUAUACAUUUACAUUUACAACAGAUGUUUUGUUACCCACCAGUAAUACAUCAUGGGGUACACUUCCCUUUUGAGGGCGCUUUUUUACUAAGCAGUGAUGCAUCGUUGGGUGUACAUGCAAUGUGUGCAUAUUUACUAAUGCACAUAUGCAGAAUAUACAUGUACAUGACAGACGUUUGUUGGGUAGGCACUCGGGGCAUGAGAGCUUGUCAUUAUAGGGAAAUGUGUGCCAAACAGCACUUUUCCAAUGCAUUUUUCUGUAUGCACACACGUGCGUGCUUAAUGAACAUGUUUAUGUAACUUUUGGUUAAUGGUAUGCAUCCAGUGACCAACCCAAGGGUAAAUUCAAAUUAGCAGCAUUGUGGAUAUUUAAAGACCCUUUCUAAGUCUCCAACCAUGUAGAAAGGUGGUGUUGGACUAUGUGUUAAUUUUCCUGUCUGGAGUACUCAUUCAGUAGUGAACAACAGAAAGGCUGACUGGUUCCGGCCUCCAUCAGUAUGCAGAGUUACAGUGGAAGUGAAGGGACCAGGAGAAGUCUUUUUACCUUGGCUGGUGUGUAUUGUACAUGGUAUACAAUGUAGUAUAGUAUGGUAUGUGACAACCAGCAAAAUGCAAUGUCUGCUAGAGAAGUUAGCCAAAAGCACAGUUUUGUGAGGUAGUAAUCUACUGGUAAUCAUACAGAAAGUCCACAGUAGCAAGUAAACCUGGGGCGAGAUUUUUUUUAAGAUGGUGCUUGGAUCCGCUGACCUUCUGGAUUCAGAACUGAAAAAAUUUUUUUUUACUUUUAUUUUGAGAAGUCUUCUAUCUGCCGACCAACAAUUUAUCAAUAUAUUUAAAAAAAAGUUUUUUUUUGCUCUGCUGUCUGACCAACGGCGAAGUUCCCAAUUUCAAUUUUUUGAGCUUUGGUCCUCGGCAGCUAGUGCUAGUUGGUGAGGGAUACCUCGUUUUUCUUUUGGUGGGAGGGAGGGUUGUUUUAUUCUUCCCUCCGACUUGAAGACCCUUAUUUGUGUUUCUUGAGACCCCGUCCUCUAAAAUUUUGUCUUAAAAUCCAAGCACCACAAAAGCUCCCCUAAUUGGUCAGUUUUUCUUGGUAAUUCUUGUAGAAGGAAUGUCAGCAUUUUGACGCAUCGUGUGGUACAGUUAUCUUACAAUACUUGAAAUGUAAAAUAUUUGCAAAAGUACUCCUGCAGAAAUCUGACUUCUUUUGCGUAUAAUUGGACUUGACGAGCACUCUUUUGUGGUCCACAUUGAUAUCCUUUCUCUAGUCUAAAGCCUGAGCACCGAGACUCAUGAUUUAGUCUCUGUGGCUGAUUUCCUUCUGUACCAACUGUGGCAUGCCUAGUGUACCCAUGAAAGACCUUGCCUACAACACAGCUCUUGCCUACUAGGAAUAAGUAAGUGUGAUACAUUAAGAAGAUUUGACCACAGCAAGGUAUCAAACCGCAAAAAGCACAGGCAUGAUUAUUGGAAAUUAUCAGCCUUAUAACGAAAUAGCUUUUCAUGCUAAUGCCAUCAUGAUUACUGUUCAUGAGGAAUUUACCAGAAAGUGAAAUCCGCAUUUGCUGUUGACCUAAGAGAGUGUAUUGAAAUCAUAGGCACACUGAGGAGAUAAUCUCAGAUUGUCAAGGGUAUACAAAGUUAGACAAAAACUACAAAUGGCAAUGGCAGAUAUCCUUCACAGUGUACUGGGGGCUGCCAUUUCUGCCCAAACUCGGUGUUUUAUUGUGUACUUUCCAAUAGUCUACAUACUUUUGUGAAAAGGACUUUUUCAUUACAUGCACUGGACUAUAAAAGCAAUAUCCAAAUGGGUUUUGUAUUUUUUAAUAUGUUGAGGAGGUAUGUCGUGUAUUUGGGAAGAAGUUGGAAGAGUGUAUUCUGCCUUCCUGUGUCUUCCAUGCUGUCUUCCCUUCUGAUAAUGAUAUGGUCAAAUCAAUAUAUGGAUAAUUUUAUGAACAAUUGUGCGGUUCUGUACAACUGAAAAUCGUGAAUUUUCAUUCCAACAUAAGAUUUGAAUCUGUUUUCACUUUAAAGGGUAACUUCUGGUGAUUGGUCGCCCUUUCUUACCAAAUCAAACCAGUAAUGAAUGAACCAUCUGUACAUUGCAGGUUACUGAAAUGAUGUAUAAGCUCAAAUGCAUUCUAAGUAGCCAUGUUUGUUCAGCUAUUGUUGAAUAAAUAGACUGAAUAACUUCAAAUGUUUCCCUCCCUCACCAAUCACUGUUUCAUUUAGACAUUUCAGGAAAUAAUGGUAUGUUUUCAUUUCGGGGUUGUGUUGAAGAGAAUUUGUGUCAUUAUGUUUGUAAUUCACAGUACUGUUUGCUCUUUACACGGGAUAUGUACUUGUCAUUUACUGAUGACUAAAAAGGGUUGGAUUUUUACUUGAGUUGGCUUUUAUUCUGUAACUAAAUCUCAGGUUACAGUUUGUGAUGCACCUUUUUAUUCAUUUUUAUGUUCAAACAGCAAAUAUGUGCCUCUGUCUGAUCACGUUUUAAAAUUCAGUUGACUUGAGGUGUAAAUUUAUUUCUUUUUGUGUUGCAUGAGCACCAUGUUUAUACUUGUAAUAUUCCUCAGGUAGUCAGUAGAUGUAUCUUAAUAUGUACUAAAUUUUAUCUUUUGAAUCGAUAUUAUAUGAAGAAAAGUA